AUGUGGGUCCCGGGAUACUCGGGGAUACCCGGAAAUGAGGUGGCAGACAGACUGUCAAGAUCGGUUCAGGACGGACCCCGCGGUCAGACCGGAACCAAUCUUAUGACUACCAAACAGUCUGGCAAUGUCCUCCAUAGAGGAACAGCUGCAAAAGCAAUUCCUCAAAAUAUAGCAGGACACACUAGGAAUGAGUCAAUCGAAGCUCCACAUAGAGGAACCUUCGAAGAGACUCACAGAAGAGGUUUUAUCCCUCAAGCACUGAUACAUCAGAGGAGGGCUGUCCUUGGCAACAUAAUUUUGAGGCCAGAGGACGUGGAAGAGAUCCAGCUAAGGAAGCUGCUGAACUUCUCCAAGGAAGUCGGCAUACCCAGCCGAAUGUCGAAAUUUGUAUUAUCUGUGUUGGCUCUCGCCACCUUUGCCCAAGCUGGCCUCUUGAACGUUGUACCACAACAUGCACCAUCCUAUGUAGCAUCUCCAGUGCUAUCCCAUGGAUAUGCAGGUCCUCAUGGUCAUGCUGCCCAACACGAAGACUACUACGCUCACCCCAAAUACGAAUUCAACUACGGAGUCCAAGAUGCCCACACCGGUGACCAGAAAUCCCAACACGAACAACGCGAUGGUGACGUAGUCAAGGGCUUCUACACCGUAGCUGAACCCGAUGGUACCCUCCGUACAGUCCACUACACCGCUGAUGACCACAACGGAUUCAACGCAGUCGUGGAGAAGCAAGGCACUCCGGUUUACCCAGCUCCAGCUGUACACUCUGCCCCAGCUUACAAAGUACAUGCUGCUCCAGCCUACAAUGUACAUGCUGCUCCAGCCUACAAUGUACAUGCUGCCCCAGCUUACAACGUACACUCUGCGCCUGCUUACAACGUACACGCUGCCCCAGUACAUGCUGCCCCGGCUUACUACCAUCAUUAG